GCAUAAAAAGACAUAGAUUGGGAAACGAAACAAUAGAAACGCAAAGAAAGCAAACAAGCAAGAUGGAAGAGGGUCUAGACAAGUCAGAGAGUCUUUCGGAUUGCUCUUGCUCCACCGUGUCUCUUUCCAUAAGCAAUGAAGAUGCUUCCCCGACACCGGUAGAAAAGCCCGUGCAGGCAGAGAGAGUCAGACGACUACCUGCGAGAUCUCUCAGCAUGCCGCGAGGAUUGAGAUGGAAUAGAGAUGAUGCCCAGGUUGAAAAGACAGACGAACAGCACCUACCAAAGAAAGAAGAAAAGAUCAGGAGACCUCCCCCUAGAACAAACAGCAUGCCAAAGAGGACUCUUUGGAAAGACAAGGGCGGAAAGGCUCGAUACGUCUCGAAUGAGGCGCCCCCGGAGCCAGAGGUGGAACCGGUGGGACUUGCAACUGCCGCCACAGAAGCUUUGACAGAUGCAGUCAUUGCGGGUGGCGCUGCGGGACUUGCUGUUUUUGAUGCUGUGACGGCCACGAAGAGGCGCUUUGAUCGUCAGCUAAGCCAGAAACGUUUGAAUGUACUGGAGGAUUCGAACGAGCAGGAAGAUGCAGUAGCUGAAUCUGGAGGCCGGUUCGCACAGGGUCGACGGGGACUCUUGCGUCGCGCCAAGAGCUUGAGCGCUGUUCGAGGCGCUGGAAGACCAAUCAUGCCUGAACGUCAAAGCAGCCCAGACCGCUGCUCUGGUAUUGCAACGACCGCGGCAUAAUUGUAUAAACGCCUAAGGGGGCCGGCACAGUCCCCUCAUCACCCGCCCCCAAGACGGAACGAACUACGAUGGUGACUAUAUUUACACCGCUAGAUAUCAUUUAGAAGUUAGAAAAUGCAUUGGAGACAGCUGA